AAUGUCCCAGAAAAACAAGCUUCAUCAUUGUUUGCUCUGCAUCCUCUCUCGUAAUUUUUAUUUGAUCUGAUGAAUGAUUAAUGGAGGACACUGCUGUUCAGCAGUAAUUAACAGAGCAAGGAGCAAGCCAGAUCAAAUGAACAUAGAGGAUCCUUUGUAAUGUACUAAUAAAGCCAAAGGAAAAUGAAGCCCACCCUCUCUGUGUGUUUGUUACUGACUGGACUUCAAGCAAUGAGUCAUUGUCAUCGUCAGCCUGAUCAUCGCAAUGACUGGGGUGAUCAUAAAAAUGCAUCCACCAGAGAACACAAUUGCCCCAUUGAAGGAGUUUAUCCAUGUGAAAGCAAGGCCUACUUCAAACUGGUCCCCAGCAAUAUUGACUUCGCAUUUAGAUUUUACAAGCAAGUAAUAUCAGAGGCAGCUGACAAAAAUAUUUUCUUCUCUCCCAUAAGCAUCUCUACUGCCUUUUCAAUGCUGGCACUUGGGGCUAAAUCAGCUACUCUGAAUCAGAUUCACAAAGGACUCGCCUUUGACCUGAACAAGACUCAGGAAAAGGAAAUACAUGAAGGCUUUUGCCAUCUUAUCUGUGCGCUAAACCGCCCAGACAGGAAGAUCCAGCUGAAUAUGGGCAAUGCCCUUUUCCUAGAAGAGACACUGAAACCACUGAAAAAGUUUUUAGAAGAUGUUAAAAACUUUUAUAAAUCAGAAGUUUUUUCUAGUGACUUUAACAAUUCUACCAAUGCUGUGAAACAGAUCAAUAAUUACAUUGAGAAGAAAACCCAUGGGGAAAUUGUUGAUUUAGUCCAGGAUCUUGAUCCACUCACUGUAAUGAUUCUUAUUAACUACGUUUUCUUUAAAGCCCAUUGGGAAGACCCCUUUAAUUAUCUUUCCACAAAAGAAGAGGAUUUUUUUGUGGAUGGGAAAACUUCUGUUAAAGUUAAUAUGAUGUACCGCAAAGGCAGAUACAAACAUCACUAUGAUAAGGAACUGUCUUGCUGGCUGGUGCAAAUACCUUACAGUGGCAAUGCUGUAGCAUUGUUUAUUCUGCCUGAUGAAGAAAAAAUGAAGGAAGUGGAAAAAGCUCUCGUGAAAAAAACUUUGUCUAAAUGGAGAAAGGCCUUCAAAGAAAGAACAAUAUAUCUGCACAUUCCAAAAUUUUCUAUUUCUGACACCUAUGACAUCAAAGAGGUAUUCCAGAAAAUGGGUGUGAUUGAUGUGUUCACUGACCAAGCUAAUCUGUCUGGAAUCACUGAAAAGUCCGAACUAAAGGUGUCAAAAGUCAUUCACAAGGCUGUAUUGAACGUUCAUGAGAAUGGCACUGAGGCUGCAGGAGUCUCUGUCGUGGAACUUACAUGGAGGUCUGGUCACAUUUUUGCUCCUCCUCGAAUUAAAUUCAACAGACCCUUCUUGGUUAUGAUUUUUGAUAGGCACACCCGCAGCAUCCUCUUCUUGGGGAAAAUCAUAAACCCUAGCGGAAAAUAA